AUGUCUCCUCCUGCCAUAAUCGCCCCCUCGAUUCUGUCGGCAGACUUUGCAGCUUUAGGAGCCGCAUGUUCCGACCUCAUGGAGUACAAUGCCCAUUGGAUCCAUAUAGAUGUGAUGGACGGGCACUUCGUUCCAAACAUUACUUUUGGGGCACCAGUCGUCACGAAAAUACGAUCGCACGUUGAGCGCCCAUCUCAAAAAGGUGGCAAGGGAACAUUUGAUUGCCACAUGAUGAUUGCAGAGCUAAUGCAUAGUCCCUGGUGGCUCGCUCUGACGGCGAGUAUGAUAGGGGACACCAAUAUUGCACAGCCAAUGAAAUGGGUCAAAGAUUUCAAAGACGCAGGCUGCGAUCUGUACUGCUUUCACUACGAGGCAGCGAUCUCCUCGGUGGCGGCUCGAGAGCCGGCAGAUACCAAGACAACGAGGAAGACGAGCCCUAGGGAGGUGAUCAGAUACAUACAUGAAUGCGGCUUACAGGCCGGCAUUGCCAUUAAGCCGGAAACGCCGGUGGAUGUGCUGUGGGAGAUAUUGGAGAGUGAAGAUGAAUCAGAAAGGCCUGAUAUGGUGCUUGUCAUGACUGUACACCCAGGUUUUGGUGGACAGAAGUUCAUGGCUAGCGAGCUGCCCAAGGUGAAAGCACUUCGGGAAAAAUAUCCUGACUUGAACAUCGAGGUUGAUGGAGGGCUGAGCGAAGGCACUAUCGAUCAAGCUGCCGAUGCUGGUGCGAAUGUGAUAGUUGCUGGUUCCGCUGUGUUUGGUGCCAAGGAUCCUGCCGAAGUCAUUUCAAAACUACGAGAAGCAGUGGAGAAAAGGAGAACGGGCGGAAAGCUUUGA